AUGUGUUUGUUUCCUAGGGCUGAAGAAGAAAGCAGCACGCUGCGCAUAUUGGUGGCUACUGACUGCCAUCUUGGCUAUCUGGAGAAGGACGAGAUCCGCAGGUUCGACUCAUUUGAUACAUUUGAGGAGAUCUUCUCAUUAGCUGCACUUAACAAGGUAGACUUCAUCCUUCUUGCUGGAGAUUUGUUCCACGAGAACAAACCUUCCGUCUCUACGCUGGUGAAGAGCAUGGAGAUCAUGAGACGAUACUGCAUAAACGACAGGCCUGUGCAGUUUCAGAUUGUCAGUGAUCAGGCAGCCUGUAUGCAGAACAGGUUUGGGAGAGUCAACUUCGAAGACCCAAAUUUUAACAUCGGCUUGCCUGUGUUCACUAUACAUGGGAAUCAUGAUGGCCCAGCAGGAGUGGAUGGCCUGUCUUCCAUUGACAUCCUUUCUGCAUGCAAUUUUGUGAACUACUUUGGGAAUGUUGAUGCUGGCAGUUCUGAUGUUGGUCAAAUAUCAGUUUGUCCUAUAUUUAUAGAAAAGGGUGCAACUUCUGUUGCACUAUAUGGCCUUGGUAACAUUCGAGACGAUAAAUUGAGCAGCAUGUUAGAGACACCUCAUAAAAUAGAGUGGAUGAAAGCAGACAGUGAAGAUGACUGGUUCAAUCUUUUUGUUCUCCAUCAGAAAAGGAGAAAGGGAAGCACUACCAAUGGCAUCAACGAACAGCUCCUGCCACAUUUUUUAGACUUGGUAAUAUGGGGCCAUGAGCAUGAAUGCCUAACUGAUUCCCAGGAGGUUCCUGGAAAGAGUUUUCACAUCAUCCAACCAGGCUCAUCAGUUGCCACCUCACUGAGCAAUGCUGAAGCAAAACCAAAGCAUGCUGUUUUGUUGGAAAUCAAUGGAAGACAGUACAGGCAAACAAAAUUACCAUUAAAAUCAGUUAGAGCCUUCAAAUAUGCCGAAGUCUUAUUAAAAGAUCAAUUGGGUGUUGAGCACAAUAGUGAAGAAUCUCUUUAUGAGCAUUUGAAUAAAAUUGUAAGCAAUCUUAUUGACAAAACAGCGACCAGUGGGUCAGAGCCCAAACUUCCACUAGUCAGAGUAAAGGUGGACUACUCUGGGUUGUCGACAAUAAUCCCACAGAGGUUUGGUCAGAAACAUGUUGGGAAGGUUGCAAACCCAAAUGAGAUCCUUCUUUUCUCAAGAUCAACUCAAAGGCAUCGAAAACACACUGAUGGUUCUGAAGAAAUUGAACCAAAUGAACUGGGCCAGAAAAAUGUCGAAGAACUAAUUGCGGAGAGUGACUUGAAGAUGCAGAUCCUUGACAAAAGAGACCUGGAAAGUGCACUGCAUGAUUUUGUCAGCAAAGAUGACAGUAUGGCGUUUCACUCCUGUCUGAACAAAAACAUUGAAGCAGUAAAAAAUAAGUUGAAUUCUGCAGCAAAGGAUUUUAAAGCUGAAGAUAUGGUACUUCAACUGGAUCAGUGCAUGAAGGAGCUCAUGGAUGAAGAUUCCCUCCCCUCCAAGGGAGAAUUACUGUGCUCCCAAAGCCUGCCAACUAACACGCAAAGCGCGUUCCAGGAGUUGAAGUGCUCAUCAAAUGAUGAACAAGAAAAUCAAAAAUCAAAUGAGCUUAUUGAAACUUCUGAUGAACAGCUUCCUCAGGUAGCAAGCCAGAAGAGACCAGUUCCUGCGGAUGGAAGUUCUGCGUCUUCAAGGAGGAGGAAGACAGAUCUGACUUCCUUCUACCAAACUGUGGUGAAGAAUGGCCAUGAUGGUGCCAAGAAAUGCAAGACUCCUGUGGCAGGGAGGUAUGGAACCAUAAGAAGAAGGUGA